AUGAUUGGUGCGGAUGGCGUCAGCAAUACCCUCGAUGACGUGAUUGCAGUGGCCAAAAACGCGGAAAACGCGGGUCUCGACAAUGUCUGGCUGGCGAAUAUCUUCAGUUUUGAUGCCAUCACUACGCUGGCCUUGAUCGGUCGGGAAACUCAGCGCAUUGGUCUGGGGACUGCGGUCACGCCAACUUACCCACGCCACCCAACAGCCAUUGCACAGCAGGCUUUGACCACGGCCGCUGCCACCAACAACCGUUUUACUCUUGGCAUCGGUCUUUCCCACAAAGUUGUUAUCGAGGAUAUGUUGGGCAUGUCGUACGAUAAGCCUGCUAAACAUAUGCGUGAAUAUCUGAGUGUGCUGAUGCCGCUGGCCCGCGGUGAACAGGCCAACUUUGAAGGUGAACAGUAUCGCGUGCGCGGCGUGGCACUUGAUGUACCCGGGGCAGAGCGCUUGCCGGUUGUCAUUGCAGGCUUGGGUCCGGUGAUGCUGAAGCUGGCUGCCCAAUUGGCUGAUGGUACCAACACCUGGAUGGUGGGUCCAAAAACCAUGGAUGGCCAUAUUCUGCCUGCCCUGCAUGAUGCCGGUAACGCUGACCCAACCGUUGUUGCAGGCAUGCCUAUUGUGCUGACCACUAACGUGGACGCGGCUAAAGAGAAGAUUGCCAAGGAACUCACUAUCUAUGGCCAGCUGCCCAGCUAUCGCGCCAUGUUAGAUCGUGAAGGGGCUGCAGGACCGGCAGAUAUCGCCAUUGUUGGAGAUGAAAAUCAGCUGCGCGGUGAAAUCAAACGCUUUGCGGACAUGGGUGUGACCGACUUCAAUGCGGCCAUCAUGAAUACUGAAGCUGGCGCCUACGACCGCACGCUGGACGUUGUACGCAUUGUUUUUCUGCGGGGCUCACCGGAACGCAUUUAUUACACGCAGCGGCUGGGGCGAUAUUCGGUGCUGCUGGCGGUGGUCGUCAGCGCCGCAACCCAAGCCGUCUAUUUCCAGGACAACGUGGUGUUUGUGAUACUGCGUGUGUUUGCUGAAGUGACCAUGUUCAUGCUGAUGAUGGUACUGCUGACUGCCAGGAUUAGCCGCCUGCGUCUGGCUAAAGUUCUACUGACCUUAGUGUUGAUCAGCCUGCUGACCGACAGCGUACUCACGCUGUCAGGUGUUGGUCUGAAUCUGGCAUCCAUAGAACUGAGUCUGCGCGCCUUACCCGCGUACCUGCUGGCCGCGUUUGCCCUCUACGGCGCGUCCAGCGUUGUCGCCUGGGGUUUGAACAAGCCGCUGGUGCAAGGUGCUGGCGUAAUGGGUGUAUACGUUGUGGCGGUUAGCUUGAAUGGCUUGACAAACAUAGCCAUGGCGCUGGAUACCUUGCCGGAUUACGGCAGGGUGAUGCUGCUGGCGUUCCUGCUGACGCUGGUCCUCUAUGGGUUUACCCGCUUGUUACCAGGCGACAUGGGUUCAACGUUGCAGGUGCUGUACCGCAAAGGCGCCUUGUUGGCUCUACUGGGUGUACCCAUGGCGGUUUACCUGAUCAAUGUGCAGGUGCCUGUGCCAGUUGAUGAAUAUCAAUCCUACAGCACGCCCGUACCCGGUUACCUCGCUGGUGUUUUUUUGCUGAUCUGGCUGAUGGGUGUGUUUUAUCACCUGCGCAUCGCUGUUGGCGUGGUGCAGCAAACAACGACGGCUUUGAGCGAGCACACAGGUGGUGCUGAACAAGCCUGGCAUGUUGGAUUAGUAGAUGUUUUGUUACUCAGCCAGCUGGCUCAGCUUAAGCAGAGUACCUGGCGCUGGUUGGUGUUUGGUCGUCUGGUACAGGCUCUUUAUUGGCCUGCCCCCUGGGUCAGCGAACUGGUACAGCAACUGGCCCAGCACCUGGUUGAACCUGCAGAGCGGCUUGCUGCGUCAGCAUAUCGAGACAAUGAAGGCUGGGCACGGGAUGUGCGCAAGCUGAUCAAGCGAACGGAUACUUUGCAGGACAUUCCGGCGCUUGAGACCAGAGGGCUGCUGCGAACGCCAAGUCGUGGCGUGCAUUGGCUGCCGCCAAAACCGCAGGUCGACAGGGUGCGGGUUGAUGGGGUCGUAUUUGAAGAGAAAUGGGCCGGCACCAAGCGGCGCAGGAAAGACAAAAUCCGAGACCCCUACGAGCAGGCGUACUGGCUGAUCGCAGUCGCAUCAAUUGUGGUAGGCGUGUCGACCACGCUUACCGUUGUGCAGCGGGCGCCUGAGUUUGAGCCGAAGUAUCUGAAUGUGAAAUGGCAGGAUCAGAUGGUCCGUCGGUUAUAUGACGAAUCUAUUGCGCCCGAGUCAGCACCCGUUGCAGAACAGUUCCACGCGCGAUUCAAUGCGAACGGCGAUAUGAUGGAUGGUGCGAUGCUGGGUCUCGCAGAAGGUGACGCCCACGUGAUUCGAAAUGCGGGUGGCGUUGUAACAGACGAUGUCAUUCGUUCGCUGACGAUCUCUCAACGGCUGUUGGGUACCCGGGAGAUCAUGCUCAUUCACCAUACGGAUUGCGGCAUGCUUACCUUUACCGAUGCCGAUCUGAAACAAUCAAUUUUCGACGAAAUCGGCAUGAAGCCACCGUUUGCGUUGGAGGCAUUUGAUGAUAUCGAUGUCGACGUUCGAGGCUUUGUUUAUGAGGUGGAGAGUGGGCAGCUCAGAGAGUUAAUCCGCGCAGCAGAUGCUCGCGUUGUCGUAUUUCCCGAGAUGUCGAUUACUGGAUACGAGCUUGCCGCAGAAGUGGUUGAUCCAGAGGAUGCUCGACUUGAAUCUAUUGUCAGUGCCUGUGCCGACACAGGCGCGCUCGCGCUUGUCGGUGCGCCUACGCGGAGCGAUCUAGGAGACCACAUCUCGAUGCUGUGUGUUGCAGGCAGCGGCGUGACCGUGGCGUACAGUAAAAUGUGCUUGUCAGCGACUGAGGCAGAACGUUUCUGCGCUGGUAACAGCCCCGUGGUUAUCGAUGUGGAUGGUUGGCGGCUGGGGCUUGGGAUCUGUAAAGAUACAGGUGUGCCAGCGCAUGCCCAGUCAACGGCGGAUAUCGGUAUGGAUAUCUAUGUUGCAGGGGUAUUGGACUCGGUAGAAGAAUCUUCAAUUCAGUUGGAACGUGCGCAACUUAUCGCGGCGCAUCACGGAGUCUGGGUGGUGUUUGCAAGUUUUGCGGGCGCCACGGGUGGCGGUUAUAGUCAUGCUGCGGCACAAUCGCGAAUCUGGGCGCCCGAUGGUGCUGUACUGGCAUGUGCUGGUGAGGACAAACCCAAUGUUGUUCUGGUGGUGAUGGACAAUCUUGGCUGGGGAGAAAUUGGUAUGCAGUUCCUGAACUUUAAUGUUGAGACGCAAUGCACACCGAGUCGCUCAGCAUUGAUGACUGGACGUCAUCCGGUCCGAUCUGGUACCACCAAGGUUGAAGGUCGUUUCCCCACAGACCAGGGUUUCGAUGAAUGGUAUGGCAUUGCCAACACCACAGAUGAGGCGACGUAUUCUGCAGGAUUUCAGUUCGAUCCUGAGGUUGUCGAGACACCACAUAUUCUAGAGAGCACCAGAGGGAAAAAGCCGAAAGAAGUAAAGGUUUAUGAUCGGCAGGCGCGCGCUGAAAUUGAUUCCGAUCUAACGGAUCGAGCGAUCAGGUUCAUGCAGCGUAGCGUGAAAAGCGACAAGCCCUUUUUUGCAUAUAUUCCGUACACACAGGUGCACCUGCCGACGAUACCGCAUCCCGAAUUUUCCGGUACCACGGGUAACGGUCGUUGGGCCGACGUGUUAACUGAAGUAGACAGUAGGGCCGGACAGCUGCUGGAUGCGAUUGACGACCUUGGUAUUCGGGACAAUACCGUUUUCAUCUGGAUGAGUGAAAACGGCCCGGAAGAGAUCUAUCCUCACCACGGAACCUCUGGGCCUUGGCGUGGCACAUACUUCACAGCGCUCGAAGGUUCUCUGCGGACGCCAUUCCUGCUUCGCUGGCCUGGAAAGGUCGAAGCUGGGUCGAAACACAAUGAGAUCAUGCACAUCACCGAUCUUUAUCCAACGCUUGCUCGAAUUGCGGGAGCAGCUGCGCCAACUGAUCGUGCAAUCGACGGCCUGGAUCAGCUCGAUUUUAUUACUGGUAAGGCUGAGCGAUCGGCGCGGGACGGUUUCCCUGUCUAUAACGGAGAUACGCUUCAAGGGUACAAAUGGCGCAACUGGAAACUGCACUUUAAAACUCAGGAAACGAUGGGGUCGGUCAUUGAACAGCCUGGUAUGCCGCGACUGUAUAACCUGCUCACGGAUCCGAAGGAGCAAUACGAUCUCAUCGCGCACGGUGGGCGGGAUGGUGAAGACAAUUUCUGGGUAAUGCCUGCGAUAAUGAAACUGCUGAUGAAACACGCAGAGAGCCUUGCUGCAGAGCCGCCCAUUCCGUUAGGAACGCCGGAUCCUUAUGAGCCAGCCAAUCCUUAG